UUUCAUUUUUGAGCAACUUAAAAAAAUUUAUUAAAAAUCCAAUUUUGAUUGGAAUCAACUGAAUGUUUCUUAACAACAUAAGUAUGGUACAUGCAUUAUGUAUCAUAAAUAAUUAGAAAAAAAGAUAAAUUUCUCCUUUUGACAAAAUUUGGCUAAAAACCAACAAUCGAGUCAACUAAGCUAGUAAAGCAUCUAUUUUUGGUGAAAUAUCAGUAGAAGUUACAAUACUGUAAAUAGAUACAAUCAUUAUGUAUUAAGCAUGUACAUUUAAUACUCACCACUUUGUUUGAUCAUAUCUGAUUUGCUCAUGGCCUCACCUCAUAAAUAGAUCUAUAGAUAUGAUAUCACCUACAAUUCAAACUUCAAAGGAGCCACACCCAAAUUAAGUCCCUAGCUAGUCUCGCCCAUAGCUUAGAGUUUAGACUAUUGCUUGAUAUGGGUAAGAUACAUCAUCCUACAGGCUAUGAUCCUCGUAAAACUUGUGUUCUUUACAUUACAGAAGCUGUUGCUUUAUUCAAUUACUCCAAAGAGGAGGACGAUGAACUGAGCCUUAAUGUUGGGGAUGUAGUGACUGAUGUGACAGUGAUAGAGGACGGUUGGUGUGAGGGAACACUCAAUGGCAUUAAAGGGGUAUUUCCCGAGAAUUUUGUGAAGCUGAAUCCGAAAGCAGGGACUGAAUUGGCAGGCAACAUUUGUAAGCGAAGAGCUAAGGUUGCAUACAGUUACACAGCAGAGAACCCUGAUGAACUGAGCCUGCCACUCGGGAGCACUGUAGAAGUACUGGGGGAGGAGGAGGAAGGAUGGUGGAGAGGGAAGCUUGAUGGGAAAGAAGGUGUGUUCCCAUCUAAUUUUGUUCAGCUAAUUGAAGAGGCUGAGGAAAAAGAUUCUUCUCCUGCUUUUUCUAGUAUAAAACCUAAACCAGCUGAGAAGGCAAGGUCUAUGACAGCAAUGCCAGGGCUAGGUGGUAUCAAUCUGAACGAGCUCAGACAGAAACUUAGACCAGUUUCACUGGCCAUAGGACCACCAGUAAGCAAAUUAAACUGACUUAUUAUGCACUGUCAGUUUUAUGC